AUGGACUCGAAUCUGCGGACAACCUACCCUCAAGCACCUCUCCAAUCUACCUUCCAUACCUCUUCCUCGACCCUCGACCCUUCUACUGGACACUCCACCAUGGCCCCGGCUCAAAGUACUCUAGAGGCCGCGUCAGAUGCCACUAGGCAGGUGUUCACGCCCUCGCUACAAACUGCCUGUUCCCCGCAGACCUCCGCCCCUCCCAUGCAACCCUUGUCACAAGCAUUUGGCAACGCAUCCAACCCGAAUCCCCUUCCCAUCGCCCCCGCAGCCAACACCCAUGCAGUAUUACCUAUGAAUGCAGCCCCCGCUCCGGCACCCACCUCCGAUGCCUAUCCCCACCAGAUCAAUGGCCUCGGGGGUCCGACUGCCACAGCACCCUUUUUGCAGGAUUUCAAUCUCGUUGCCGAGGCAGCCAAGCGCGCUCAGAUGGGUAUUGUCAUGCGUGAUCUCGAAAGUGUCACUCUGUGA